AAAAUUUUCACUUAAAAUUUCAAUUUCCCCCAAAAUUCCAGAUUUUCACUUAAAAUUUCAAAUUUCACCAAAAUUCCAAAUUUUCUCUUAAAUUUCCAAUUCACCCCAAAAUUUCAAAUUUUCACUUAUAAUUUCAAAUUUCACCAAAAUUCCAAAUUUUCUCUUAAAUUUCCAAUUUCCCCUAAAAUUCAAAAUUUUCACUUAAAUUUUCAAUUUAGCCCAAAAUUCCAAAUUUUCAAUUAAAUUUCAAACUUCCCCCAAAAUUCCAAAUUUUCAACUGAAAUACCAAUUUCUCCCAAAAUUCCAAAUUUUCAGUUAAAUUUCCAAUUUCCCCCGAAAUUCCAAAUUUUCUCUUCAAUUCCAGUCCCCCAGUUUUCAGUUACAUCCCAACCCCCCGUUCCCCUCCCCCGCCAUGUUCUACCACCCCGAGGUUCUGCGCCGCCGCUCCGGCUGCUUCGCCACCAUCUGCGCGGCCGUGGCGUCCUUCGUGAUUGGCCGCUCGGGCUGGGAGGUCCCGCCCCCUCCCGCCGGAGCCCCGCCCCCUCGCUGUUCCCUCUACCUGGCGGCGCAGCUGCAGCUGGGGCUGGUGCGGGUGCUGGGCCGGCAGUGCCACCGCCUGCUGGAUGACGUGGCCCAGACCCUGGAGCGGCUGCACCGGGUGACGCCCAUUGAGCCCCAUAUCGACAUGAGCCCCCCGAGGAGGCUGCUCCUGGUUCCCGACGCUCAGUCCCUGAUGGUGUCUCUGGAAUUGGCCCCCGACCCACAUUUCGGGGUGAUGGGGGCGGGGCUGCCCAGCCCCACGGACAUCCCGCAGCUGCGGCGGCUGCUGGAGGAGCCGCUUCCCCCCCUGGCGCCCCCCGAAGCCAUCACCCUGCGCGAGCCCGGACCCAUAGAGGCCCCCCCGGCCCCAGAGGAGGAGCUGCCCGAGGUGACGCCGCGGGAGCUGGAGCUGCUGGCGGAGGCCGAGGAGCUGCUGCCCUAUGUGGAGGAGAUACCGGAGCUCCCAGCGCCGCCCCCCGCUCCCGCCCCCCCCGAGGAGGCUCCGCCGCCCCCCAAGCUGCCCCCCAAGCGCCGCCGCCCGCCCCACACGGACCCGCAGCCCCAGAUCCCCCAGGAGCAGUUCCGGGCGCAGCUGCUGCGGCCCCACGGCCACUGUGGGGCAGUGGUUCUGCUGGAGCCGCCCCCCAAGUGCCUCCGCCCCCCAAGUGAACUGCUGCGAACCCCGACCUGCGGUUGGCUGCCCCCCGAGCUCUGGGACUUAUGGGGCAGAUGCGCCCGUCCUGCCCCACGGCGACCCCCGCCCGCCCCCGAGCCGCCCAGCGAGCUGGAGGUGAGGACCCAGGCGUCCGGGGGGACCCAGGAGUGCCCCAGGGGACCCAGGAGUUCGGGAGGGACCCAGGAGUGCCCCAGGGGACCCAGGCGUUCGGGCCCCACAGAUCCUGCGUGAAGUGCUGGAGCCGAGUCUGCCCGGGAUGGUGACGACGUCGGAACUGUCCCUGGAGCUCCCAGAGGAGGAACCGCGGCCCCUCCCCCCCGAGGAACCUCGGUGACGUCACAGGGGUCACGGGGUCACCGCGGGGGGUCACGACCCCUCGUGUGACCUUUUGACCUCCCCCCCACCCCAGCCCCCCCCCUCCCCUCCCCCCCCUCCCUCCCCCUCCCCGAGCUGCCGGAAGCGCCGGAAGCGGAAAUGCCGCCAGGCCCCGCCCCCAACAUGGCGGCCAUGCGGAGGCUCCUCCUCUCGGCCGCCGCCCUCCCCGGUGGCUCUGAUUUGGGGUCCCUGGUGCCCCCCGGGACCCCCCGCGGCGCCGUGGGGCGGCUGCUCUGCCUCUGCCUGGAGCUCUGCGCCUCCCAUUGGCUGCGCCUGGAGCAGACCCGGCCGUACGGACCAAUCAGGAUCCAGCUCCGCCCCCGCUGAGCCCCCCAAUAAAGCGUUGCCAUGGGAACGAGGCGAUGAAUGGA